GAUGAUGGUGAUAAUCGCUGACCAUCUCAAUUCUCAAAGAUGGCUGAAAUUGAGCUCCAUGGAACAUGGCCAAGUCCCUAUAGUUACAGAGUGUUAUGGGCUCUAAAACUUAAGGGCAUUCCAUAUGAGUACGUAGAAGAAGAUCUCUUCAACAAGAGCCCUUUGCUUUUACAGUAUAACCCAGUUUACAAGAAGAUCCCUGUGCUCGUGCACGGUGGCAAGCCAAUUUGCGAGUCCGUGAUCAUCCUCCAGUACCUCGACGAGACAUGGCCGCAAAAUCCCCUACUGCCCAGUGACCCUUAUGAAAGAGCUGUAGCCAGGUUUUGGAUUAAAUUUAUUGAAGAUAAGGGUCCAUCGGUGUGGGUAGUACACCGAACCAGCGGGGAAGAACAAGAGAAGGCAGUGAAGGACACCUUGGAAAUGCUAAAAACUAUCGAAGAACAGGCACUUGGGGGGAAGAAAUAUUUUGGAGGAGACAAGAUUGGCAUGGUGGACAUAGCCUAUGGCGUUAUUGCUCACUGGCUGGAAGUUGUAGAGGAAGUGGUGGGCAUAAAAAUGCUUGAACCCUACAAGUUUCCUCGGUUGCAUGCAUGGACUAAAAAUUUCAAAGAGGCACCUAUUAUCGUAGAUAAUCUUCCGGAUCGCGACGAAAUGCUGGUUUACUUCAAACAGGCAAGGGAGAAGUUGCUAGCAUCUGCAUGACGUACAACUUAUUGAAAAAAUCUUAUACCUGUGAGAGGUGCUUUUGAUUCAAUGAGUUGUUCUGUUUAUCGAAUAAAUUCUUCUUAAAUAAAAUCACAAUGCCAAAAUCUUUUUAUCUAUUUUCGAACUUCUUUUGUAUUCAAAAGCUUCUUGGUGUUGGCAAUGGAAGAUUUAAUUUGUAUGGGAGCUUGUUACUUUCUAUAUUUUAUAAAAUUGUUUCCCAGAACGUCGGAAUUUUC